UUACAGGUGGUAUCGUCUGCCCUGUCCCUUUGCUUGUGCGUCUCUCAGCUACCGCCGGUCGCCAGAUCCCAAGCCGUCCGCUGGGGGUGCGCAUGCGCAAAGUGACUGGUGCGGCAGUAACGGGGUGCGGAGUGAGACUAACAGGUUUGUGGACUGAGAAACCAUGCCACUGUUUGGAAACACAUUUAGUCCAAAGAAAACCCCACCCAGAAAAUCAGCUUCACUUUCUAGUCUACAUUCACUGGACAGAUCUACUCGUGAGACUGAGCUAGGCCUAGAAUAUGGCACUCCUGUUAUGACCCUUACUGGACAAAGUCUGAGGUUUGAAAAUGGCCAGUGGAUAACAGAUUCAUUAGGGGGCACUGGGGACCGCAGGGAGACCCAGCGCCUUCGCAAACGAAACCAACAGCUGGAAGAAGAAAAUAAUCUCCUUCGUCUGAAAGUGGAUAUUUUGUUGGAUAUGCUCUCUGAAACAACUGCAGAAUCUCACCUCAUGGAGAAAGAACUGGAGGAACUGAAAAAUUAUAGCCGAAGAAGGAAAUGAAUAAGAAAGUAGGGUCUCUUGGAAAGGUCUCUUGAGGAAAAGAAGAAAGAGAGAAUCUAGUCAAAAGCAAUCAUACCCAGAACUGAUGAAGCUGCAUCUACCUUGAAAGAUCUUGGUUAUGAUCUUCCCAGAGCUCUCCUCUGAAUGGGAUAUGGAGCCAUCAUCCCAAGUGUGAAAUAUUUAUUACUAAGCCCCCUGGUACCGACAGGAAGCAGCUAUCCUAUUUCUUUCUAUACUUGUGGAGCAUCAAUCCAAGUGCUGUCAACAUAUCUCUGCAACAUGUAUUUACUUUUCUCUCUAGAUAAUGUGUGUCUCUUUCCACUCACUCAAGAAGAAGGCAGCAACAAUUCUGAAGCAGGAUGGAGAACAGGAGGAGGAAGCAAUUUGUAGUAUGUAUCUCCAUGCUGUUAUUGGUAGCUUUUGAAUGAUGAAUUCUGGUUGGUUAAUCGGUGAUAUACAUGUGUGUAUGUGUAUUUACAGUCCUUCUGAAAUCUACUUUGCUCUUCCCUGUGUGCAAACAGCAAAGCAAGAGAGGUCACCAAACACAGUCUUUUAUUGGCUGAAGUCCAGUAAUGGAAAACUACACAACUUAAGCCUGACAGUGUCAUCAGCUGUAGCUGUAUUUUGUUAAUAAAAAGUUUCUUAUCCCUCCUCACCUUCUCCCCACAAGGUUACUAGACUCUCUAAAAUGUCUGAAAAUUGCUGCUACUGGACAUAGUGUGCAUGAUGGCACAAGUAAUUUUCAAACGUUUAGGAUUCCCCCUGACUUUCCCAAAGCCUUUCUCUGGGAGGUAUCCCAAGGGACCUCUGGGGGAAGGGGUUAAUAGGAAACUUUAUUAGCAAAAAUAUAGCCAUAGCUGAGGAUGUAAUUAGAUUUAAUGUGGCAUAACUUUAUGUUAUAGAAUUUUAGCUAUUAGGUCCAAAUUGGCAUGCCGUGUAAUUGCUUCCAAACAAGCCACAAUCACAAGUCAGCUGUAAAAUAUUAUUUAAU